AUGGGAGAGUAUUCCAAAGCACUUUCAUGGUACGAACGAUCACUUGAAAUAUAUAAAAUAGCUUUUCCAGCAAACCAUCCUCAACUGGCUAUACUAUAUGUCAAUACCGGUGUAAUAUAUUAUACCAUGGGCGAGUAUUCAAAAGCACUUUCAUCGCACGAAACCGCACUUGCUAUCAACGAAAAAAUGUUACCACCAAAUCAUCCUACUUUGGCUAGCUCUUACAGCAACAUCGGUGUAAUUCUUAAUCAAAUGGGCGAAUAUUCGAAAGCACUGUCAUAUUAUGAACGGUCACUUGAACUCCGAAAAAUAGCUCUUCCUCCGAAUCAUCCUGACAUGGCUUAUUCCUACAAUAACAUUGCCUCAGCAUAUAAAUACAUAGGUGAGUAUUCGAAGGCACUUUCAUCAUAUGAAGCAGCACUUUCUCUUAACGAAAAAAUUCUACCUCCAAAGCAUCCUGACUUGGCUGCUUUCUACGAUAACAUUGGUUUAUUACAUAAUGUCAUGAGCAAGUACUCGAAAGCACUUUCGUAUCAUAAACGAUCACUUGAAAUAAAAAAAAUAGCUCUCCCUCCAAAUCAUCCCGAUUUGGUUGAUUCCUACGAUGGCAUUGCUUUAUUUACUUCAAACUGUCGAGAUUUAUUACAAUUUUAG